GUUGUCAUUGUACCCGUUUGUUGUUGAAAAGAAAUAGAAAAACUGCAGGGUUUGAGAGAGAGAUAGAGAGAGUGGGACACCUCAUCCUUGAUGGGUUCGUCUUCUGGACAGGCGAACAGCCAUGAUCUUUCUUUCAAGAUCCUCUUGAUCGGUGAUUCUGCUGUCGGCAAAAGCAGUCUUCUAGUUAGUUUCAUUUCAAGCUCUGUUGAAGAUCUUUCUCCUACCAUCGGUGUAGAUUUCAAAAUCAAGCAUUUCAAAGUUGAAGGCAAAAAGAUUAAGCUUACAAUCUGGGAUACUGCUGGACAGGAAAGGUUCAGGACAUUAACCAGCUCAUACUACAGAGCAACUCAAGGGAUUGUUCUUGUUUAUGAUGUGACGCGAAGGGAAACCUUUACAAACUUGUCGGAUGUAUGGGCCAAAGAAAUCGAACUUUACUCCUCUAAUCAGGACUGUGUCAAGAUGCUUGUUGGAAAUAAAGUUGAUAGGGAAUCAGAAAGGGUAGUAAGCAGAGAAGAAGGACUAGCACUUGCAAAGGAGCAUGGUUGUUUAUUCCUUGAGUGCAGCGCUAAAACCCGAGAAAAGGUAGAGCAAUGUUUUGAAGAACUUGCACUAAAGAUAAUGGAGGUUCCUAGUCUUUUGGAAGAAGGUUCGAGCGUGGGAAAGAGAAAUAUCUUAAAACAAAGACAAGAACAACAAAGUGCUAACCGAGGUUGUUGCUUUUAAAUUUUUCGAAGCGCUGAAGAACAUACAUUGGUUUAAGGAGCUUGUGAAGUAAACCUGUUGUGGGUGAUGUAUAUUGUGAUUUUUUUUUUUUUUUUGUAAUAUUUUAGUGUGCAUGAGUUUGUUAUUGGUAGCAAGCAUGGCUUUUUUGUGAUUUUUUUUUUAAUUUAUUUGCCUUGUAAAGUUGUUUGUUUCUUUUGUCACUUGUAGUAACAAGUUGCUUGCAUUUUGCUUUGGCGUUUGUUUAUUAUUUUCAAAUGACAUUUUUCUGUG